AUGUCGUAUGAUCCUUCCUUCAUCAGCACAAGGCCUGGAGAGGAUCCUGAGGGUGGCAUUUUCUUGGAGGAAAGCAGCGGCGGGGGUGAUGACAGUAGUGUCCUGGGAGGGGACAGCCCAGUCACGGGGCCGCUGGGUGCAGUGCUGCUGGUCAUGUGCCUCACUGGGAUGGUGGGGAACAUCUACACAGUGGUGGUGGCCUCUGGCAGGGUGGCGGGCCACUCAGCGGGCUCUUUGGGCAUCUACGUGAUCAAUCUUGCCCUGGCUGACCUCCUGUACCUCUCCACCAUCCCCUUUGUGGUCUGCACCUACUUUGCCCAUGACUGGUUCUUCGGGGACGUGGGCUGCAGGCUUUUGCUCAGCCUGGACCUCCUCACCAUGCACGCCAGCAUCUUCCUCCUGACUGCCAUGAGCCUGGAGAGGUACUGGGCGGUGGCCAGGCCGCUGCAGGCCGCGGGGCCGCGGGCCAGCAAUGCUUACCGCAAGCUGGCCAGCGCUGUCCUCUGGCUCCUCUCGCUCCUGCUUACAGCUCCCAUGAUGGUGAUGACCCAGCUGCGGGAGGGGGACAGCCCCCACAAGCGCAUCUGCAUCCCCACCUGGACGCCAGCUGCCUUCCGGCUCUACCUGACGGUGCUCUUUGCCACCAGCAUCCUGGCACCUGGCGUGGUGCUGGGUGUUGUCUACACCCGCCUUGCCCAGGUGUACCGGUCCUCCACCUGGGGCCCGGGGCUGAUCUCUGCCAUCGUGGUGGCCUACUGGGCCUGCUUCCUCCCCUUCUGGGCCUGGCAGCUGGCUGGGCUGUACUGGAGCAAGGGGCUGGGCAUCAGCCCCGCCACCCAGGCCUACCUCAACUUCGGCAUCACCUGCCUUGCUUAUGGCAACAGCUGCAUCAACCCCUUCCUCUACACCCUGCUUGCUGGCAGCUACCGCCGGCGUCCUGGCUGCAGCGGCAUGGGCACGGCACGGCCCCCGGUGCCCUCCCAGGAGGCUGCAAAAGGCCUGGUGGGAGGCCACAGCACGCCCCUGGCUUUUAGGAUGUUGUCGGGGUCUGUGGGGUAA